UGUAAAAUGGCGGCGAGAUGAUAGAUGGAGAAUGUGGACAGUAUCUGACUGAAUCUGAAAAAUUAGCGACCUUAUGGAUCUUGAUGACUACGUGACAAUGGACGUAACGAGUGAAUUUACUCAUGACGACAUUGUCGUCUACUCAGUUCUUUACUCGAGCGUCACGGUGGUGUUUGCAAUGGCAGUUCUCUCGAAAUUCCUGACUAACGAAUUCCGCUUUGGGUUCAGGUCGUUUCUGAGUCUAGUAGUUUUAUUUUUAGGAGAACCUUUAUGUCAAUUUCUAGUUAAAGGCCCAGGAGGUGUAGUAACAUUUGCUGUAGGAUGCCUCUUUGUUUACUCGAUUCUACCCGCCAGUCAUCUCCCCGUCGGCAACAAGGCCGUAUAUGUCACAGGUUGUGACAGUGGGUUUGGAAAUGCCUUGGUGAAAAAAUUGGACAGUAUUGGCAUGCGGGUGUUUGCAGGGUGUUUGGACAGCUACAGCCCUGGUUCAAUAGAGCUCAGAAACAAAUGCUCUCAGAGGUUACAUAUUCUCCAGCUAGAUGUGACAAAGGAGAAGGACAUCGAAGCUGCAGCUGAUUACAUCCAGACUCAGGUGGGAGAAGAAGGUCUCUGGGGAGUGGUCAACAAUGCUGGGGUGUGGUACUUCUCCGAACUUGAGAUGACCUCAGAAAAGGUUAUAAGGCGUGUGAUGGAUGUCAAUUUAUUUGGUGCUGUCCGAGUAACAAAAUCUGUUCUUCCAAUGAUCCGACAAGCAAAAGGACGUAUUGUCAACGUUUCAAGCUUACUUGGUCGCAUCUCCAUGGAAGGUAACGGUGCCUACAGUAUGUCCAAACAUGCGCUGGUGGCGUACUCUGACACACUCCGUCAAGAGAUGAGGAAGUGGGGGGUCCAUGUUGCUAUUAUAGAACCCACAGGAUUUUUCACAGGUAACAUGCAGGAACAUGUUAUCAAGAGCCGGAGAGAUGAAGUUUGGAAUUCUCUAGACGAAAAGACUCGUGAAACAUAUGGGCAAGAUUAUCUUUACUCCACAUAUUCUCAUAUUCUUGCAUCAGCUCAGCGAUACCCUGCCGACCUGACCCCUGUCACACGCUGCAUGCGUAGCGGACUUUUAUCAAAGCGUCCCCGAGAGCGCUACCCCUGCGGCACUGGCGCCGACAUCAUGUUGAACAUAUACCCACUCCUUCCUGUCUGGGUGGCAGACAAAGUGUCGCGAGCGAUCGGCAUUUUCCCUCGGACAAUACUGCCCACUGGACUACAGGAAUGAGUGGAUACAAAUCAUACAAGUGCUACCUUUGUUGUGAUAUGUUUUUCAACAUAUCAAUAUUUGUUAAAACUGCCAUUUAUGAAAUGUUAGUGAUAAGUUCCCCUUGUGUCACAGUCAUGUAAGCAAAAUUUGCUGAAAGGAAAUAUUUUUAGUUCUUGAGGAUAAAAGAUCUUGCAUGAAGGCACUUUCAUGUUUAUAAAAGGUCAUGUCAGUAUGGCUGCUGGGUUUACAUAUUAUCUAGACAUUGAUGCGGGAGGCAAAAAAAGCAACCAAAAAUAGGCUGAGUUGGAGUUCAAGUGAAGACCACUUAAUAAAACUUUGACCAAGGUGAAAGUGAUUGCUGAGAUUCAGCUGUAUCUAGUGUUUCAGCUUAUAAACCUUAAGGUAAUUAUCUUUGAAAGAAUUUAAUUAUGGAAGAUAGAGCAAAAUUUCAUAUUAAUGAUCUUUCUACCUAGAGCAAUGCUAGAGUAUUUCAGUCAGAAAUUGUGAAUAAUUUUAGCUAUUAUGUGUUUAUCGAGUUUCAAUGAUUUUGUCUUUUGAUACUUCGUAGACAAGGUCUAGAAAUGUCAUCUCUUUACUUUUGAUGCUGCUGCUAGCAAAGAUUUAUGAAAUCAAUUGUGAAUGCGCUGAAUAAAUUUUGAACUGCUAAGCCACUUACGCUUGCACACCAUAGCUUUGGGAAGCUGCAAUUAAGACACAAGGGGAGAUAACUCUGUACUCGUCCACCUGUUAAUGGUUCAUCCAAUGUUAUAAGUUAUUGUCAUAAGUCAUGUAUGUAUGCGUGUGAGUUUUCUUGGAGUGUUUGGACCAUAGCUAACUUAUUCAUAGGAAUCCAAACUUUAAACAUUAACUUUAUUCACAUUGUUCAGUGAGGCAUUGUUCUGUAUUUAUGACGGUGUCAAACUUAAGAUAUCAUCUCUCAUGCCCAGACAUAAUGAAGACAAGCUGUGUAUAUUGUAAAACCACUUUAAUGUGGGAUUGCUUCAUUGUAUAUAUGUUUCAAUAUUCUAGAUAUUUAUGUUUACAUUAUAUUUUUUGUUGUCUUAAAGCAAGUUAAGCUGAAAUGAAUUAUGUUACGGUUGUAACCAAAUAUCAUGAUUAAAUCACAUAAAUUUAUGACUCUUCUGCUGCUUGCAUUCUGAUCAUUUCUCCUUCAUUUAAAAUAAAACAUUUUUGGUCCCGAAGCAAUGUUUUACUGGCUAAGCAUCCCAUAAUUGUGUUGCGAAGAACUUUUUCAACUAAACUUUUUAAGCAAAAAUAACAACCUAUUUAUACCAGUGUAGUGGCAUCGAUCUCAGUUGAAUAGAUCUGCCAAUAACAAAUUGUUUUGCAAUUCUUAAUUACAAUUCUUACUGAUUCUUCACAUUUUUAAACCACGGAAAUUAUUGGAGUAUCAAAUAUCAGUUAUGGUUAUUAGAUCAUAAGAAUAUUGAUUGCUAUGGACAUUUUUAACAGAAUUUUAUUUUUUAAUUGUCACAGUAACUUGAGUAAGACAUUUGUUUUGAAUCAAUAGCUGCUUCUAAUCAAUGAUAUGCCUGCAAUUGUUUCCUGAAUUUUUCAGUUUUUGCACUGCCCCUUUUACUAUGGUUAUUUGACAUAUCGUUAUCAUGAAAUUGGCAUCAUGACACAAGGUCCAGAGAACGUGCACUCCCUAGUUUUGCUGUUGUGUUUCAUGUUAAGUGUAAGAAGUUGUACACAUGCUGUGUGUAGUGGAGUACUUGACACUCAAGCAGGUUGUUAUAGUAUAUAUAUAAUGUUAUAUACUGAUUGAAAUGAAUAUGCUAUCAUUGGUUCCCAGCCUUGUCCACCAGAAUGCGUUGGAAACAAUGCACACAAACACAUCUCAACAUUUGAUUCUGACAUGUUGGAUUUGUAUACUUGCUAUUUCGAAUGUACUGACAGUAAAGCUUAUUUGCGUAUAUUUUUCAUUGUUCCCUUAUUCGUUUCCAUCAGUAUAUUUCUAAUAACUCACUUGUAAGCUGCCUGCUUUGGAAAUUUUUUGUAUGUUGCUAAUUUUGUUUGCAUGAAGCAUUCUGCCACUGUAGCUGUAUAACUUACAGGUUUGGAGUGGAUUAUACUGGAAAUAUAUUUUGUAAAGGUUUACAUGCAUUAAGAGGUUUUCUCCCUUGAAGUUCCUGUCUUUAAACUGAAUUAAGUAUUAAGAUAAAUUUGCAUAUUUAGAAACACAUUUAUCAGUAUUUAUUUACAGAGAUCAACAGUAGGCCUUUCUGUUUCAUGUUUGCCAACUCCAUCCUAAACUGAAGAGUCAUUUCUAGUUUAUCUCAAUACUAUUGAUGCCCAUACGGAAAUACCUGAUGCAAUUCUCUAGUCAUUACCAUGGUUUGCAUUAUGAAUAUCAUUAGAUGUAACCAUGGUAACAAGUAGGUCAUACGCAUCAUUAUGUAAUGAUCUUCGUUGGGAAAUGGAAAGCAGAAUGUGAACUUACUAGGGCAAACAUAUCGGGGUUCAUAAAAAUCAUAUGUGCCCUAGGGUCAUAUCAUGUCGCCAGACAACAGUGUAUUGUUUCCAUCAUCCAGACUGCAUUGUUGACGUCACAUGAAUCUCAUUGUGACGUGGGGUGGGAAUGAUGUCACAAUAGAAACGACGUCGUACCUGAAGAUUGUUGACGCCAUUCUACAAAUUGUAGUUCAGCUGGUGUUGCGACUUAAAAGGUAAACGACUUGCGACUUACAGGGAAACACUAAAUUCUGUCUCUGUAUGUAGACAACCUCUUCAGUAAUAUAUCGGACAGUAAUUUCGUGUUCAUGUCAUACUAUGUUUACGCCACUCAUGCCCAAAUUCCUGUAUUUCCCUCGCUCUCACUCAUGAAAUAAAGGAAUUUAGACACUCGUGGCAUAAACAUAGUAUGACAUGAACUAAUAUAAUAUACCAACUGGAAUUGCAAAGGAGACAGAAGGAUAAGGGACCUUCUUUGGCACAGUAUCUGCAUAAUUUAACAAUGGAGCAAAACUAUCAGACUUUUUCAAUGUAUGGGACAAAACAUCAUCUGUAUUAUUAAUUAACUUGCAGUGUAAUAAUGUCCUCCUGUCUCUGCAGAUUUGUUAUUAUCAUACAUGGUCAAGGCUGCUACGCCUUCAUUAGGUCAUGGUUAGAGGCGACUAACGGGAUCGUGUGGUCAGGCUCGCUGACUUGGUUGAUGCAUGUCAUCGAUCCCAACUGUGUGGAUCGAUGCUCUUCAUGUCAAUCACUGGAUUGUCUGGCCCAGACUUGAUUAUUUACAGACUGCGUAAUAUAGCUGGAAUAUUGCUGAGUGCGGCGUUAAACAAAACAAAAACAAAAUAAUAAUAAUAAUAAUAAUAAAGGUUAGCCCAGUGGACAAAGUAUUUGCUCGUCAGACCGAAUGCCCUGGUUCAAUUCCCCACAUGGGUACAAUGUGUGAAGCUCAUUUCUGGUGUCCCCUGCCGUAAUGUUGCUGGAAUUGCUAAAAAGCGGAGUAAAACAAUAUUCACUCACUGUCUCACUCACACAUGAAAAUAUACAUGAUAUAGGCAGGGUUCUUAUUAUUUGAAAUAUCAUCCACUGAAUCACUUGAUUGCCUACUUCCUGCCUAUCCAUUCUUCAUGCUUGCUAAAUUCAUUGUUCAUGUGAUAAAUAUUGAUUUUUGAACUUCAGGAUAUUAAUGAUUUCUGGAAUGACAAACCAGAUUUUUUGUUUCUGUAAAACAUGGUAAACAGUUUUGGAAUUGAAGCUAUAUCCUUUUGUUCUUCAAAAUCAAUGUUUCAUAGGAAAAGGAUGUGCUACUAUGAUGAUACAGCAUUGAUCCUACACUGCUUUAGUUACUCUGUAUUGCAAUACAGGUCAUGAUAUGAUGCAUUGAUUUAUUAGGGAUUUAUCCUGAAAGGACUAACCCAAGAACAUUCUCAAUUCAGAGAAGAUACCAGAAUGUGUUUAUGAUCUUUCUAAAAAUUAUUUUGUGUACCACUUAAAAGAGUUGAGGACCAUCUGAUUCUUUCAUACAGUGAUCCCUCGCUUCAACGCUACUUUUGGGUCCAAAUAAUUGAUGUAAGUAAGUGUAUUACAACCGUUUAUCUGUCAUGGCCGAUUAAACUAUAGCAAUAUGAAAGAAUCAGGUGGACCUUAACUUUAUUUUAGUAGUAUAUAUCAUAAUCUUUGAAUUACCAUACAAUAAACAAUUACAAUCUAAUGACAAUGGAUUGGUGUUGUGAUCCUUGCUGUGAUACAUCGGUGAUUAUCAUGAUCGUAUUCCACUAUCGAUACAGCAGCCGUUGCUUACGUUAAUGUCAGAUUGCCAUCCUCUUAUUGCAGUGCAUCGUAUCAAGCUUGUAUUGCAGUAGACACUCUUACAAUCAAUAUCAUUUUUCCUUUUUUGCUUGAAUCCAUAACUGGAAUGCUUCACUGCAAUAAAAUCAGACAUCAUUGAUAAA